GUCCCAAUAGUACGUGACUAUGGUUUAAAGUAGUGCUCACAUUUCCUUCAGGUUUUACAAACUUUUCAGCAGUUAAACUUUCUCGAGUGGAAUGUUACUUAAUUCUCUGUUACUUCAAUUCUCAUAUAAAUGCAUUCUUUCCUAUUAAACGUCGACAAUUAGGUAUGUUUAGUUUUCAUGAGUUACUAUGUUCCUGAUAGUUUGUAGCCACUAAAUGAUGUCUUCUAUUCUGUUAUGUACCAAAAACAUUCCGAUUGAUGUUAUUGUUUUUCAUUGAAAGUUUUGUUUAAAAACUUCUACAGCUAGGAAUAUAUUAUUAUCUGUCAACAGCUCUUAGCGCUUUGAUACUUCCGUACCCUGUACAAAUGGGAAUUGGGGACACAAGUGUGAAAGUUGGUGUUCGUGUUCGACCAUUGUCAGACAGUGAAGUGAAUGACGGUAGUUCGACCUGUUUGUCAUAUCCAAAUGAAGGAAAUCAGCUAAUAAUUGGAAACGACAAGCGUUUUGGCUUUGACUAUGUUUUCAAAGAAACAGAUUCUCAAGACUAUGUUUACAAAAAGGCUGCACUUCCAAUGGUUGAAAAUAUUCUCAAAGUAUACAAUGCUACUGUGUUUGCCUAUGGUCAAACUGGAAGUGGAAAACAUAUACAAUGGGUACAUGUAUCUCCGAAAGUGUGGUAGAAGAAUCCACUGGUAUUGUUCCUCGAAUUACUAAGGAUUUAUUUGAGAAAAUACCAAAUUAUGAGUAUGAGUAUACAGUGAAGGUUUCAAUCCUGGAGAUAUAUAAAGAGGAUAUACAUGAUCUGUUAGGCGAAGAUGUAUCUGCAUCCCAACAAAUACGUGAAGAGAACCAACUUGUUAAGUUAUUUCCUCACUUCGUAUUUAGAGUUUACUGCAUAGAUUCCAGGCC